AUGCCUGAAAGAGCUCGCGAAGCACAGGAAGAAGCAGAACGUGUCAUACGAGAGGAAGAAGCACAGAAGGAACGUGCAGAAGCAGAGAAGAAAAAACCGAAAAUGAAUGGAUUCGAGGAAACCUCGACAGUAGGAGACUUCCUAGCUCCCCGCCCCUCCCAAUACGCAGUUCAAAAGCUCACAAAUUUUGAAUACAUAGAAUUAUGGUACUUUUCUCCGGAUGGAUGCAAGGAAGCCCUAAAAACCUCGAGAUCUAUCGCAGACGACUACGGUCUGACCAAGGUGGACGAUCAGCUCACCAUUCGCCCAGCUUCAGCCUUCAAAGCCUCGAGGGCAGCGUUAGCAGACCACGAUUUGCCUUUCUCAGUAUUCUUACGAGCAAAGAACAUGUUCCUCGUCCAAAUCAGCCAGGCCAAAUGGCCCCAAACCCACAUUGAUUCCCUCUCGCUUUUCUUCUGGCGCCUCGAAAACCAUGCGAUUCGCAACCACAGCGACAUUGGUGACAUGGUUAUCCUUAACUAUGCUUCGAGAGUACGCCACGAUUGGCACGACUACUUGAAGCGAGAUGAAGGUUUCAACAUUGGAAACCUUAAUGAGACUCUCUUACGCACGAUCAAUGAAGAACUCUGGGACAAAGUGCGAUCCCGAACCCUGCCCUUGGUAUGUAUCGAACUCCCCAUAAAAACACCAGCUAACCACACAACUGUUCUACCUACAUACCUACUUCUACUCCCACCCACAACCCACGUACGUGGAUGCCCGCGAUGUCACUCCCGCGGAUGCCUAUGA